AUGCUACCAUGCAGUUGCAACCCACCUCCUAACUACUAUGUCCACUUGAAGUUCCCUGACCACAAUGAGUACCGUCACUUCUACAUCGACAUCUCCCAGCCAGAGACCUUUGUACUAGAUGCCACUAAAUACAGCAACUUACCCUCAGACUCUACCUUUGAACCUCGUGAUUCGAGAACAUUCCAAGAUUUGAACACCAAUUUUACCCAAACCUACAUUACCUACAGUACCAACGGUACCACUUUUGAAACGGAAGUCUCUGGAGAUCUAGGAAAGGAUACUGUAAUUUUCAAUAAGAUUGCUAAAUUGAAUACAACAUUUGCUGUAGUUAGUUCAUCGACUGGUCGAUACUUUCCAGCUGAUGGUCCUCAUGGGACUGUAGCUGGUCGGUUUGGUUUGGCUAACAAAAAGGGAAAAACUAGCGCUGGGGUAGAUGUUUUGAGUACGUAUGACAAGAAAGUACUGUGUUUUGGUGCAAAAGAUACUACAGGUCAACGGUAUGUUAUUCUACUUUAGUCUAUUCUAGCUUAACCUCUCGCACCGUAGCCUACAGUAUCGUAUCCUGCCCCUGCCCUGCCCUGCCCUGCCCUGCCCUACGUGAAUAAGCCAGUCUAACCCAGACUAGCUCUGAUUAGGCUAUGGCUCUGCCUAUCUUUGCCUACGCUAGUGUGGCCCUGCCUAGCCCUGUACAACCCUACCUAGCCCUGCCUAGUUAUGCCCUGUCUUGCCCUGCUUUGUUCUACCCUGCCCUGCUUUGUUUUAGUCCUCCUCUGCCCUACUCCACCUAAAUUUACUCUACCGUACCCUACUCUACCAUAUCCUAUCCUACCCAUAACUUUUUGAACUCUAAUAGAUGUCGUUUUCAGUGCCUACUCCUCAGUAACCUACUUUGGAAGCUACCCAAAAGUAGAUCCUUUCAUCGUCAAUGUUCCUACCACCAAAAACUGUGAUGGUACUUGGCAAGUACCAUUACCAUACUUCAGCCUCGAGAAGUUCAAGUCAUACAAACCUUAUAAAGCUGUCUUUGACAGUGUCUCAAAAGAUAUUGUACUACCUGAAGCCUUGUUCAACAGAGUAAUCCGCACCUUCUCAGCUAAAUACGAUCGAGAACAAGAUACCUAUUGGGUACUAUGUUAUCAACCACAAGAUAUUGAAGUAGAGAUCAAUGGGAAGAAGUUGAAAGUGCCAUUCACAGCUUAUACGGAAACGGGAAAAGAUGACAAAUGCUAUUUGAAUUUGAAAUCCAACAAAAGUUCUGACAAAAUUAUUUUUGGUACUUCGUUCUAUGUCAACAAGGUUAUGUGCCUGAACUUUGAUGCCAACGUUUUGUCAUUUUACGAGAAAAAAACUUGA